AUGUCCACCGUGUGCUGUCUGGCCUUGAGUCUGGCAAUCCUGCUCUGCUUAUGGCUCUGUAAGAUAUUUAUCAUCCCAUUAUUUACUCUAUCUGACAGAAAAGCGUCCAAACGCAUCCGUUCAUACAUGCAAGAUUCCUUAGAGCCUACAUCCACGGGGACUGCACGUCCGUUUGCCCUUAUCACAGGAGCUACUGGAUCUGUGGGGUCGGCAUUUGCUGAAUAUCUCGCUAAAGAAGGUUAUUCACUCGUCCUAACCGGAAGGUCUGAAGAUCUACUUGAAUCAGCUGCUAAAACCCUAUCGGCAAAAUUCCCUGCGGUAACUGUAUUGACUAGAACAUGUGAUCUGGGUUCUCGUGCAUCCAUCUGUGACUUAGUUGAAUCGCUUAAUGAAAUAAAUGUUGCAGUGCUUAUUAAUAAUGCAGGAGCCAUCAACAUCCUUCCUGACGAUACGUUAGACAUCUCACCGGAAACUCUAGAGAGUAUUGUCGCGGUAAAUGUUCAAGGUACUACCCUUCUCACCCGUCUUAUACUCCCAAAGCUGAAGACACGGAAAAAUAGCUUGAUUGUUUUCAUGGGCAGCAUCAAUGGCACCCUGCCUUGUCCGAUGGUAGCGUGCUAUAGUGCAUCCAAAGCAUAUACACACGCAUUUGGCAUUGCUUUACAAGAGGAGCUUAGGCCUGCCGCCAUAACCGUGCUUGUGGCGGCUCCGGCGUGGAUUGCAUCCAAUAUGACGCUCACUAAGCGAACAGGCCUAUUAUUUAUAUCUCCAGAUCACUUCGUCCGUUGUCUCUUCAAGGCGAGAUGGAGCUCCACGGUUGUUAAUCCAUACUAUUUUCAUCGUAUUAUGACGAGUGUCCUGGGUACACUUCCAGAAAGGCUGCGUGUGAAGAUUCAGUAUCUUCAGCUUACUGACAUACGCUCUAGGAUCCAGCGAAAAUUGGAAAAAGACAAGUGA